AUGAUGGCCUUAAAGAAUGUAUGGUCUUCUCUACAGGACUUCUCUAAGUCCGCAUGGAACGCUUCGACGUCAUCAUCGUCACAGUUUGAUAUAGGUGCGCAGACGACGAAGGCUGUCAAAGUCGAUAUUGAUCCACAUCUCUUCAACUUUGCAUGUGAUCUCGCCAUCCUCGUCACUGGUACAACUUACUGCCGAACUACCGCCUUCGCAGCUCGACCAGAGCGUUGUCGUGAGGACGCUGAACGGGCUGACUGGCUUGGAUAA